AUGGCAACUGCAAAUUCCCAAGACCCAUUACCAGCCCGAAAACCUCUUGACAGCCAAAGAAAUAUAGGUAGCGACAUGUCAAUGAUGGCCAUCGUCCAGACUGGUUGCCCUUCACGGUUCGCAUACCCUGACGAGCAUCGCAUUAAGGGCCUCAAUGCAGAAACCAUCGCCCGCAUCCACCUGCCCACUCCACCAUGGCUUAUGAAUCCAGAAUAUGCCGUUCUGCAGUCUGACCCAGGACAACCCAAUACCAACAUCUUUAUGAGCCUUAACAUCUCUCUGUAUAAUCAACAUGUGGUACCUUCAGAUUGGACGGAUGAAUGGUUUUUCAUGACCGGGCGCGCUCACCCAUAUGCGUUAACUUGGGAAUUACUCCAGAAUGACGGCUUGGAGACUGACGUCGACACCGUCUCCGAAUACACCAUCGCGGCCUUCAUCGUCCGUGAUUUGGGCUACCAGCCGAUAAUUCCUCGCAACCUGUCUUCAAUGGAUUCGUUCCCCGCUGUGCCUCCCACUGUUAGCUUUACUGGUCCUGUCAUAGGCUCCGGACGCAACACGCUGCAGAACGAGGUGGCUGCGACCCUUGGCGACGUGCAACUUCGAUGCUGCGCCUUUAUUCAACUCUCAACAUUUAUCACGCCGGGCAAUUCUAGCAAGUCUCCAUUCAGAGGUUUCUAUCCCUUCCAAGUGUUUGUUAUCUUCCCCAUUCAAGUUAAUCCUUGGUCCGCUCUAUGCAAAAAAAUGAUCGAGAAACCUGAAUCGCAAUUUCAUCCCGGCAGCCCUUUUUCCUGUACGGGCAAAAUAGCUGGUCUGCUAGAUCACACCAUCAUGAAGCAGCCACCGGAACUUCAGCGUGACUAUGUUUUCAUCGUCGUACCAGAUACCUGGACUUUUCCGGACAAGAACGCGGCUGCCUCUGCAUCAACUACUCUCCCUCCUACGACUCCCACCAAGAUUGACCAUUCUAUAUCUUCCUCUCUUCUUCAAGCUGCUGAGGAAUUCACAACUACCAGAAACCGAACAAAACGAAGUGUAAAAGCCCUUCCGACACCAGACGGAUCUCCUUCAACUGCACGGGUAUCAUCCAUUGGUCUCAAGAGGAGGCAUCAACCACCAUAUGGCGAACAACGAGGAGGCAGCUCUCCCAAGCAGCUAAAGAUCUUCCAUGUUGAUAUAGACGGUCCAACUCCUGACGCGGAGUCAUCUUCCACGGCAAGAAACAACUCCCCCAAUUCUCUUGAUUCGGCGUGUAGAAACAGCGACAGUCUCCCUGAACCCAACUCAACAAACUCUUCUACAUCACCUAUCAACUGCACCACCGCUAUUCCAUCAGAAGCGACUAGUCGCUUAUUACGGCAUCGCCCGCUGGCAACAAAACCAUGA